ACUGCCGGGCUGGGCGGCGGGACAGCGGGAGCACGGCUGGGAGAGCUGGGGGCACAGCCAUGAGGGAGAUCGUGCACAUCCAGGCGGGACAGUGUGGAAACCAGAUCGGGACCAAGUUUUGGGAAGUAAUAAGUGAUGAGCAUGGCAUUGACCCAGCCGGAGGCUAUGUCGGUGACUCAGCGCUGCAGCUGGAAAGGAUCAAUGUCUACUAUAAUGAAUCAUCUUCCCAGAAAUUUGUACCAAGAGCAGUCUUGGUGGACUUGGAGCCGGGAACCAUGGAUAGUGUGCGAUCUGGUCUUUUUGGUCAGCUCUUUCGGCCCGAUAAUUUCAUCUUUGGACAAACUGGUGCAGGAAACAACUGGGCCAAAGGACACUAUACAGAAGGGGCAGAGUUGGUCGACUCUGUACUUGAUGUAGUAAGAAAGGAGUGUGAACACUGUGAUUGCUUGCAAGGAUUUCAGCUCACUCAUUCCCUGGGAGGAGGGACAGGAUCUGGCAUGGGAACCCUACUCAUCAGCAAGAUACGAGAGGAAUAUCCGGACAGGAUAAUGAAUACCUUUAGUGUCAUGCCCUCUCCAAAGGUUUCUGAUACAGUGGUGGAGCCUUAUAACGCUACGCUUUCGGUCCACCAACUGGUUGAAAAUACAGAUGAAACCUACUGCAUCGACAAUGAAGCUUUGUAUGACAUUUGCUUCCGCACCCUGAAGCUCACCACUCCAACAUAUGGUGAUUUAAACCACUUGGUUUCUGCUACCAUGAGCGGGGUAACUACAUCCCUGCGUUUUCCAGGCCAACUAAACGCUGACCUCCGGAAGCUGGCAGUGAAUAUGGUCCCCUUCCCACGCCUUCACUUUUUCAUGCCAGGCUUCGCUCCUUUGACAGCCCGAGGCAGCCAGCAAUACCGAGCACUCACUGUUCCAGAGCUCACCCAGCAGAUGUUUGAUGCCAAAAACAUGAUGGCAGCCUGUGACCCAAGACAUGGCCGAUAUUUGACAGUGGCUACCGUCUUCCGUGGUCCCAUGUCCAUGAAGGAGGUUGAUGAGCAGAUGUUGGCCAUCCAGAACAAGAACAGCAGUUACUUUGUGGAGUGGAUCCCAAACAAUGUCAAGGUGGCAGUGUGUGAUAUACCUCCCCGUGGCCUGAAGAUGGCUUCCACGUUCAUUGGCAACAGCACUGCUAUUCAAGAGCUCUUCAAAAGGAUCUCGGAGCAGUUUUCGGCCAUGUUCAGGAGAAAGGCCUUCCUCCACUGGUUCACAGGAGAGGGAAUGGAUGAAAUGGAAUUUACAGAAGCAGAAAGCAACAUGAAUGACCUGGUUUCAGAGUAUCAGCAAUAUCAAGAAGCAACAGCAAAUGAUGGAGAGGAAGCGUUUGAAGAUGAUGAGGAAGAGAUCAAUGAAUAAAGAAAUUAAGUGUGCAAUUUUUUUCCAGACCAAGUUCUCAAUUCUCUAUUUCUGAAAAUUAGGCUUGUAAAUCCAUAUUUAUGUUAAAAAAAAAAAAAGGGAGCACGAAUUUCAGAUGUUAGAGGUGCUCUUCAGAGUCCAUUGAGAUCACUGAGAACAUUCAGCGUUUCUGGAAAUCGGGCCAUUUCUAUUCAUGAGACAUAAGGCAUUCAGUUAAGGCUUUGGCCUAAGAGUCUGAACACAGAGAUUGCUAGUUUGGGAUUUUUUUUUUCCAAACAGGUUGUCAUCCCUAAAGUUGUAGAAGAGAAGAUGUAAAAUAGCCUUGAAAAUCUACAAAUUAGAGCUGCGCUAUUUUCAUCCAAUUAUGGGUAAGAAAAUCUUGUGGGUUUGAAGCACUCAUUCUGUACCAAAUGUACAAUACUGAACUGCCAGAACCAAAAUUUAUUCAUAAUAAAAAGAAGAAAAAGUUUUUUCAUAUUCUGUACAGUAGCUGCUGACAGUGAUAUUUGAUUCCAGUCCUCUAAAACCAAAAUAAAAAUUAUUAGUAUCCUCUCAA